AUUCGUUCAAUACAGCUCUGUCAAUAAUGAAUACGGAAAUCAUUAGGGAACAGGAGAAACUACCGCUCAAUAAUAAUAUCGUAGGAGAUACUCAUACGUCUUUCCAACUGAUUAGCCAUCUGUACCAAUCCUCAUCAGUGUCAAUGAAAACGCUUCAUUUGAAUAAAAUUUCCGACACAAUUGGAUUUUCUAUAUCAUAUAAUAACAAUUCAGAUAUGUUUCAUCUCAGGGAUUCUGUCUCUCCAACUUCAUCUGCAUCUUCUCCCUCGUCUACUUCCCCUUCUUCUUCUUCGACUUCUGAGUCUCCCAGAUCAUCAUCGGUUGGAAGUGAUUCUGAGACAGAUGAAGAUGAUGAUGUCACAAGGACAGAAACAACACCAAGUGACUCCAUAAAUCCAUUAUCUUGGUCAUUCACAUUUUCUAUCAAUAAUGAUUUAGAAAGAUCAAGUUAUUUUCUACCAAUUAACGAGAAUAAUGAUAGUAUCUUUGUUGGUGAUAAUAAUAAUAAUAAUACUGUGAUUAAAGGAUCACCAAAAGAUAUUUCAAUUUGGCGGGAUUUAUUCGAUACUACAUUAAAACAAAUUAAAUUGAAUACUGAAUGUCAGCAUUUUAUGUUAGCCGUAUUACAAAUCAGUUUGCAUAAAGUAUGCCCAUCUGAUUCACCGUAUUAUAUGAAUCAAACAAUUCAGAUAUCAAGGAGACAUUAUGAAUUAAUCAAUACUUGUCUAAGUGAAUUACUUCAUCUCAAUGAAAAAUCAAUUAGUAGACAACAAGAACAAGCGCAACCAAGUGAUAAGAAUAAUAAUAAAGGCACCACCACUACCAACAGCGACAACAACAACAACAAUAACAAUUCUGAUAAUAUUGUGAUCACAUUACAAUUGGGCUUUCAAUUAAUUUCUAAUGAUGAUUUAUCGUCUACUACAAUAUUCCCUCCGACUUUUUCAUCUUCUCCGCCGCCUUCACAUCCUGUUGAUCCUCAUGCUCCUGCUGCUGAUGAAGCUGGCAUCUCUCAGACUACUUCUACUUCUACUCCUACUCCUCGUAAAGAUGAAUUGUAAAAUAAUUGUCAGGUCUCUCUCUUUUUAUUUGCUAAAAGUUCUUUUCUUUUAUGAUUACUAACAGUAUUUGUGUGUAUGUAUGUACGUGUGUUGUAUGAUGCGAAAACCUCUAAAGUCUCUGUAAAAUACAACCAACCGUAUAUGUGUAUAUUGUACAUGUAAAAAAAUUGACUCAUUUAACUGAUCGAAUGAUUAUUGGCUGAUUGUCUGACUGACUGCUUGAUUGGUUGACUGACUAACUGAUUUAACCAAUAGCCUCUUUGUUUAUAAUUUCAAUCUUAUCUUUUGCCCGUCUGUGUGUGUCUGUCUAUCUAUCUAUCUUAAUAUAAUCAAAUAGUAAAAGUACCAAAUACUGAUU